GGUAAAAACAUGGUGUCGUGGCUGCCUGCAGGCAGCUGGACUGUCUGCAGAAGGCAUAGGAGCGGAUAUUGCCGUUUGAAACUAAGGAACCGCAACAACCUGUGGAGGCGGCACAAAGAGAAUCGGGGCAGACAAAGAAACAGGUUGCUGAUCCCCGGACAAGUGACGAUGUCGGGAAUGUCGUUGGCGAUACACAACUAGAGGAGUAGUGGUGUUGCAAACAGAAGAUGAACUUGUCCCUAGCAACGAAGGUGGAACAAUGGGAGCAAUGGAAGCUGGAGAGUCUGUUCGCAAGCAAGAGCAUGGAGGAGAUGGGGGUGUGGUUCUUCUGGUCGGAGAUGAGGAAAGACCUGCUGCACUAUGUUGAGACCUGUGAGUUGUGCCAAAGGAACAAGGUCGUUCACCGAGCUCCCCUUAGCCUGCUGCAGCCACUUCCCAUCCCUGAUGCACCAGCACAGUCAGUGGCUAUUGAUUUCACUGACCUGGGGAGGACCACUCCUCGUGGUAUGCGUCAGGUCAUGGUGUGUGUGGACAGGUUCUCCAAGUACGCGGAGUUUAUUCCUCUGCCAGAGGAAGCCAGAGUCCCAGCCGUGCAGGCGGCCUUUGCGGAUAGGUGGGUUACUCAUCAUGGACCACCCACCUCCAUUGUCAGCGAUAGAGAUCCGCGUUUCUGCAGCAAUGAGUGGCAGUCUUAUUGCAAGGACUACCUCCAUUCUAGACUGGAUAUGACAUCUGGUCGUCAUCCUGAAGCCAAUGGGCAGGCUGAAGUGAUGAACCAGAUUGUUUACCAGUUGCUACGUCCUGUGAUCAGCCCUGAUCAGCAGGAUUGGGAUCUCCAUCUAGGACGGGCACAGCUAGUGUACAACACGUCUGUACACUCCUCCACAGGGUUCACCCCUUAUCGGUUGCAUUGGGGACGUGAGCCACGACAGCCUCUCGAUGACAUCAUCCAUAAGGCUACCCCUAGACUGACUCCUGGGACUGCAGCGUUCACUAGACAGUACGAGAGGGAUAUCGAACAAGCCAGAGUUAACCUGCUCAAAGCCCAAAAGGCUAUGGUCCAGCAGGCUAACAAGCAUCGUCGACCAUCCCCCAUCCACGCUGGUGACUGGGUCUGGGUACUCAGUUCUGAGCGAUCGCGGGAGGAGGACAUUUCGCCCAAGCUGUUGCCGCGUUAUAUGGGUCCAUGGCAGGUUUUGGAUACAGUGGGAGCUGACCCUUUUGGGCCACCUUAUCAUGUGGAUGUCCCACUGCAUCUACAAACCUACCAUGUCUUUCAUGCAUCCAAGCUGUUGCCGUUUGUCCCAGCUGAUGCAUUUCCAGACAGGCCUCCUCAAUUUGGUCCCCCGAUCCCUGGGAAGGGAUAUGAGGUGGAAAAAGUUGAGGAUGAGUAUGGUACAGGCCCGGAUAAGGAGUACCUUGUGAAGUUUCUUUACCAGCCCCAUACUGAGGAUCGCUGGUUUACUCGCAAGGAGCUUCUGAAAACAGCAAAGUCUUGGCUACGGGCAGUCAGCCCUAGGAUUGACUGGCAGAUUCCUAAGGUUGAACUUCCAAAUAUGCAGGGGGUGUAUCAACCAUGCAUGAUUGCUGUUGAACACCACCGCAAGACCUCUUGCUACUGUUUACGAGCAAGGGAGUUCUAUACACUCUCCCGCCAGUAUGACCAUGAGCGUCUGUUCUUGGCCCUUGUCAAGCAAACAGACGCUACCACUGUUCCCUGUCCUCCUGAAGUCGAGCAGGUGGUGGACAAGUAUGCCGAUCUGAUGCAGGAGUCUGUUGGGUUACCCCACCGGCCAACCAAGCAUCACAUCGAGCUGUUACCUGGAGCGGACCCUCCAAAGGGCCGCAUCUACAGGAUAUCCCCUGCUGAGCUUGAGGAGCUUAGAAACCGGCUUGAGACCCUGACCAGCAAAGGAUGGAUCAGACCUAGCGCAUCUGAGUUUGGGGCCCCUGUCCUCUUUGUUCCCAAAGGGAAUGUGGAAUUCAGGAUGUGCAUAGACUACAGGGGUCUCAACAAAAUCACGAGGAAGAGUACAGAGUCUCUCCCUCGUAUUGAUGACCUUCUGGAUGUGGUGCAGGGCUGCACACUAUUCAGCAAAGUCGACCUUAAAUCUGGCUAUCACCAGAUUGAGAUGGCAGAGGAGGAUGUCCAUAAGACAACCUUCAAAACCAGUGGAGAAGGUUACCAUCCCCAUCUUGGGGUUGGAGGCGCUGCGCCCUAUGGUGGCCACCCAGGCCAUGUCCCGUACGGCUACCAUGGCCAUCAUCAGGGGGGCGGGGGUCCAUAUGGGCAUCCGGGGUACUCUCAGCAGAUGCAACAGAUGGGAGCGCACGGAGGAGGGGGUGGAGGUGUUCCUCCAUUGCAGGCGUUCUUCGCGCCGUGGGAGCCGCCGCCGCCUUCAGUGGCUGCACCGCAGGAUGUCGAACUGCAAAACCGCAUCGCGAAGCUUGUCGAGUACGCGGCCAAGAACGGACCGCAGUUUGAAGCUUUGAUGAAGGAGAAGCAGAAGGACAACCCGGCGUAUGGGUUUUUGUUCGGCGGGGAGGGUCAUGAAUUCUACAGGUUCCGGUUAUGGGUGCUGCUGAGUCAGCACAUGCAACCUGGUGUGCCUGGUGUGGGUGGUGGCGCUGGAGGCGACGAUCCCCACAUGGCUGCCGCCUAUGGUCAAGUACAUGGAGGCCAUAUGCCGGGCGGACCUGGCGGGUUUCACAACCAUGCGCAACAGCAGCCGGACUUUUAUAAUCAGUCGAUGGGGAUGCAUCCGAAUGCGGCGCCGCAUCAUCAGCCUCAUCCCCACCACAUGCAUCCGCACAUGCAACCACAUCCGUACGAUUCCAAUUAUCGACGAAUGGAUCAGCAGCAGCAGAAGCAACUAGCAGAACAGCACCAGCAGCAGGCUGGAGAUCAUGGGUAUGGCCAGCAGGUUCAUGGGGCCCACCCAGGAUAUGGAGGAGGAGAAGUGCCAGGUGGACCCCAUCAUCAACACAUGCAAGGUCAUCAUUACCAUCUGGAGGCAGCCGGUCAGGUGCAGGGAGGUACUGCAGGCUACCACAUGGAGAAUCAGGGUGCAGGCGCAGGGGUAGGUGGAGGGGGGGGAGGUGGUAGUCUUGGACCUCCCCGAGGUGGUGGUCUACCUAACGAACUGGCGACGGAGCUUUUCGUUAUCCUGGAUGACUUGACUGGCACCAAGGAAUCCAUCAAGAGCGCGAAGACUUGGUUCAUGUCGAGGAUCGGUUAUGCUGAGCAAUUGGCCGAAGCGAUGAGGGACCGUAUCAGGCAGCUGGAGGAUCCCGAGCGGCAGCUGCACAUUGUGUACCUGGCGAAUGACAUCUUAUUCAACGGCUUCAAUCACCGAACGUCACCAAUGGAAAUGGACGGUAUUGCGAUUGCGUUCCGCCCGGUAUUGGGGAGCAUGCUCUCGACGAUCUACCACUGCAGGCAAAACACACAAUCGAAUCAGGACCGGCUUCAGCAUAUCCUGCAUUUCUGGGGAAAGAUGGAGUUCUACGACAGAGAUACCAUCGCAGCCCUGGAGCAUGAGAUGGUAACUGGCACGCCAUCCGUGUACUCAGCCGGUGGCGCCGAGCAUGCUUCGUUGUAUGGGAUGAUGCCCCCUCAAAUGGGCUCGGGACACGGUUAUUAUGGCAGCACACCCCAGCACAUGGGUUGGGGGGGGUCUUACCUGUCGCCGCCGCUGCAUCAGCAGCAUCCUGGAUGUGGUGCGUAUCAACAGCAAGAGGAAGAGCAGCGGCGGCGCGAGGAACAGGAGGAGGACGAUCGAGACGACAAGGGCGAUGACGGCGAGCGGGACCACGAAAAGAAACGGCAGAACUUGGAGCAAGAUUGGGACUUGGAACAGGAGCGGAGGCGGGAGGAAGAUGAGCAAUCCCCCCCUUCAGGAGACGGACAACAGUCUAAUCAAGAUUCGGUGGCAAGUUGGAGAGAGGAGCGCAUGGCGAGGAACGAGCACAAUGAUCGGUAUGGUGAUACACCAGAGGGGAGUGCGGGACCAGUCAAAUACUACCCCCCUCCUGGGACGGUGACUGUGCCGUAUUCUGCAGGUGUGGCCGCAACCCCUGCUGGUCUACAUGCGCCGACGGGUGUCGGCUUGAGCGAGUUCUCGGCGGGAAUGCCCGCAGGGGUAGCACCGAAUGCGGCCGUUUCAGCGGCCGUGGUUGGUAUGGUGCCAACGAGAAUACCUGGGAUUCCGGGAAUCGGUGCAGUUGCGGUGGUACCACAGUCGGUCACCACGGGACCAGGAGAUGAGCCACUCCCCUUCCCUCUGUUCCCACCGGGACUGAUACCCGGGAUGGUGAGGAAGCUUCAAGUAGGAAGUGGUGUGCCGUACUCCCCGCUGAGCCCUCUCGACAUCCCGCCAGUCAUUCCACCGCCUUCGGUCCCUGAGUCGUAUAUUUUCGACCGCGUUCAGAAGUUUUUCAAAGAGGUAGGGGAAAUCGACCCCUUAGACGCAGAUGAGCCGGAGAAGGAAGCAGCGCCUGUCAGACAGGAGAGAGAGGAAGAAGAAGAGCCGGAAAUGGACACCGGGCCUUUUGGCGGCCUAGGUUUGGGCAUGAUGACGGUUGAUCCAGAGACAGGGACUUUACCGGAUGGCAGCGUGGCGAUUCGCCCGGGAAUGAUUACCUCUGGCAAGCUUGGGCUUGGUGCCAUGUCAGAUCCAAACGAGAUUACACAAUACGAUGACGUGUACUUGUCGUACAGAAAACAGCGCAGCACCAAUUACCACACAUCCCUAGGGCUAAGGGCAAUGGAAGUGCUCCUUAAUGCCUUACGGGCAGAUCCUCGGAUUCAAGGGCUCGAUCUGGGAACCGGACACAGACUCCUCACUGGGGCAAUAGCAGAUGAUCUACUUCUCGUCAUGGAAGCGACCACAGACUCCACUCGCGAGGCGAAGCGGCUGCUCGAUGCCUACGCAGAACUCUUAGAGGCAAGAGUCAACUGGAACAAAUCUCUGUACUUUCUCCCACCAGACUAUGACCUCGAAGGAGAAGAUUGGGGCAUGAAACGGAUAGCCUCCAACCUCUCCGAGCACUAUCUGGGCAUCCAAGUAGCUCUCACUGACGCCAGACCUAAGCAAGACUCGAACUUGAGGGCAAAAGCACAGGCAUCUUUACCCCGUUGUUGCUCUGCUGUAGGGGUUGCUCUGAUGGGCAGGGCACUACUCAUCACAUCAACAGUCUUUGCGCAGCUGUGGUAUGUAGCAGCCAUCUUUCUGAUCUCCAAAGCUACAGUCAGGCAGCUCACCUCCGAGGCGGCUCGCUACCUGUGGAAGCCAAGUGCAGAGAACUCCAAGAGUAGCCCCGAGGAUGCAUCCUCGGGGCCGUCCCGCGGCCAGUCUCAUGAGAUUAUAGACGGCCGCGAGGGUGUUGUCCGACCUCCGAUUCGGGAUGUCCUUGUGCGAGGUGCGCUGGUCCAGCAGCCGGACGGCGGCAAGACGUCACAGGCCGUGGAAAAUAAAAUUGCGAAUGCGGGAACGGCCCCGUUCGAAAUUCGAAAUUCGAAUUUUCUCUGCGCGGAAAGACGGUGUGGCGGCGCACAGGCGGAAGAGCACGUCGACUGGGGGACGAGCGCGCAGGCUUGGCGUCGCGUUUCGUACUUCAGCGGCACCGCGCCGCCACCGUGUGUACUGUGUUCGUCGCAGGCAAAACGAAGCGGCGUGUCUUCUCCUGCGCUCGCCACGUGCAUGCUAGCGGCGCUUCCGUGGUUCAGGGACGGAGGACGAACGCUCCCAUCGCGGUGUAAGUUUUGUCAUCACGCCUGUCUUCCACACCUCGUUGUAGGCGUCUUCGAUCGUCGCCGUGGACAUUCAUUCGCGCAGGUGGGUGGCGGUGGACGUUGCUCUUCGUCGUGGACGUGCGCGAAUGGAGGGAUGCAAUGGGGUGCUGUGCUGUCGCGGACGGAGAGGACAGGUGUCGCGGCGGCUGCCGUUGCCGUAGUCCGUCGAUACGAAGCGGAGAGGGCGGCGGGCCGCAUGAAGGCAGCGCUUUCCAGGCGGCGACACAGGCUUCUGCUGCAGAGGGUGUUGGACGCCCCGGACUGCAUCACGACUUCGGAGGCCGAGGUUCAGCUGUGCGCUGCAAUCGGCUCCAGUGUGCUUCCCAGGGCGACGCCACGUUGGUGGAUGAGGCGGAGAACUGGCGGGACUUGGGAGGAUUUGCGGGUGUGCAAUGACGCGACGGAUGACUACUUCUGGGAAAAGCUCCGCAUGUCGAGGAGAGUGUUCAUGGAGAUCACCGAAGCCUGUGCGCCUCAUUUGCAACGACAGGUCACGUUUUACAGGGAGCCGCUUCAGCCGGAUCAGAUCGUCGCGUACGCGCUGUAUAGGUGGGCAACAGGAGAGUCGUACGACAACAGCACAUCAUCGUUCGGCAUUGGCAGAGCAUCCGGAGACAAGGGCUUUCCCAACUGCCAUGGCGCAGUUGACUGCACACACAUCUACGUGGACAAACCGGCGAACGCUCCGAGCGAGAACUACUUCGACCGCAAGCACUGUUUCUCCGUCAUUGUGCAGGUGGUGGUGGACCUGGAUCUGCGUGUGCUUGACGUCUUCGUUGGCUACCCAGGCAACUGCCACGACAUUCGGGUGAUCCAGCUGUCAAGUCUGUCGAAGCGCGCGGAAGAGGGAACGCUUUUUCGCGGGCCGCCUGUAAUGCUGUCGGGAGGGGUGAGGACGAACGGAUGCAUCUUGGGCGACAACGGGUAUCCUCCUUCAGAAUGGAUAGUGGUGCCGUACGGAGGAAUCAAUCAGCACCCGGACGAGGAAAGGUUCGACAACAAACAGAAGGUCGCUAGAGGUGCUGUGGAGAGGGCGUUCGGGAGGUUGAAGGGGAUGUGGAGGCUCUUCCUGCAGUCGCACAAGACGAACUUGGACACUCUACUGCAGCAGUUCACGGUUGUCUGCAUUCUCCACAACAUCCUGCUCGAUGCUGGAAUCGAGUUCGACGAGAACUUGUUGUGGGAGGUCGACGAGAACGGGGUGAGGUGGCGAGUGGACCUGGGGAUUCAUCGUCCACUGCAGCCAGUGACGAUGCUGACAUCGACGGACGCCGCACACGUGCUCCGCAAUGCCCUAGCAGAGCGAAUGAAACACAUCUGAUCGUGCGUGUCGCGCCACUCUGCCUCGCGUACGCAGACAGAAGCCGUGUGCGUCCGUCGUCGAGUCGCAGCGCUUGCGUC